GUAUUUUAACUGGUGGUCGGUUGAAUUUCUUCCCAAAAAGUGUAUUAAAUAAAACAAAUCAAGGAAAUAUGUGUUUUCGGCAGCCGUUUGUUGUGUUGUUAUGGCAACGAAUCCACCUCCUGUGUGUUGUAAACUCACAAACAUACAGCUGCUCAGAGUUUAUUCACCACCCAGUCACCAAUUUUUAGGCAUUUGUAAAAUACACAGCCAUCCUCGCACCCAUGGCCCACUACAGAGGCCCGGAAUCGAAGCGAGAACAGUUUAGAAGAUAUCUUGAAAAAUCUGGAGUCCUUGACACUAUAACAAGCGUAUUAGUGGCACUUUAUGAAGAGACCGACAAACCUGACAAUGCACUGGACUUCAUAAAGCUUCACCUCGGUGCGGCCAGUCCGGAGCCGGCGGACGUUGAAACUCUGCGCACGGAGCUGGCUGACCUUCAACAGAAAUGCAACCUUCUCAUGGGGGAAAACAAAGAGCUGAGGAACAGGCUGAUGCAGUACGAACCAUCGCCAGAAGAGAGAGCAGUAGAGUAGCUGGAGGGGAUUUGUCAUGUACAAAAAGAACAAAACGUUAAGCAUUUUUUUGAAGAAUGUGUAAAUGUUUAUUAAAUAAUAAUGGAUGAACCCUGAACAUAAAAGCACUACUGUUGUUUGUCAUAUAAAAGUCAUUCCAUUGAAUUCGUACUGUACCCCUAUUUCUAAACAAAGGAUUCUGCUUAUCUCACCGACCAUCAAUCUGAAAUAAAUACAAAAUAAAAAAGAA